AUUUAGUGCCUUUAGAACUGUAAUCAUAGUUGAAAUUGUUUUUUUAUCAUCACUACCAGUAUCUCGCCAAAAGCCUGGCACGCGGCUUGCCUUUUAUGUCCUUCCAAAAACAGAAAUCGCUUUUCCAUUUGCCCCAGAAAACGCACCAUUCUUCCUUUUCUCGAGACUCGCGGUGACGCAUAUCACUUUUCAAUGUGCACACUGGCACCUAACCUCACGUGUUGCGUUCACUGACCCCGGCAGUGGCCUGCACAGCCAUCAGUAUGAUUGUUGCUUUUGAUUUUAGAAUGCCGUGGUUAGCUACAUUUACAUCCCUGGAAAGUGAAAACAAAUAUCUUCGAUCUUCACAGAGAAGAAAAGUGUUAACAACCCCUUCAAAUUUGAAUGAUUAAAAAAAAAAAAAAUCACUAAGUAUAUAAAAUGAGGCUUCAACUUUGUGAAAAGUCAAACUGUUCUCUGUGCUCUCAAUACUGUGGGCGUAUCAACUUAAUAUGUGCUGAUCACAUCCCGCUCAACUGUUAACUAUGAAUCCAAUACCACUGCUACGACCUGGAAAAAUGGAUGCUACUUCAUCUAGCAUCUUUCUUAUGCCUACGCACUCCUACAUACUUGACCCGCGAACAUACAGGAUAUCCGCUUAAAGCCUCUGGCCAGCGGAAUAAAUCUCACAGAGUCGUCGCGGGGCUUUUCCACGCUUUUCCACGGCCUCCGUCCCUCACUCUUCAGCCUUGGAUUCCUGACGUGCGCACACUCACGGCCAAGAACGAGGCGCUCUACAGCGGCCACACCGGCCUGAAGCCACGGUCCAGAUGCCAGCUGUCAAGUUAGACUUUUUAUUCACACUCCUCGCUAUUCCGUCUUACUCUGUGUUACGUGCGCGGAUUCACGGCCAACAAAGAGGCGCUCUAAAGCGGACCCGCCAGAGGACUGACUAUCCGAAGGAAAGAUUCAUUUUUUUAGGCGUGGGCAUAGCUAGCUGGCUAACUGCACAGUGCAAUUAUGCCAGAUAACGGGCAAUGCAAAUAAAGGCGCUCAAGUUCUUAUCUACGUAGUUAUCCUGAAUAAUCAAAAUAUUCCCCUUCCAUGACCUUAUUUCAGAGAAGUUCUCGGCUCCAGUAUUGGCAAAUGUGUUGUGUCUUGUGCCAGCCAAAAAAGAAAAAAACACUAGUUCAGCUGUUCUAAAAACGUCCGUCUUAUCUGAAAAAAAAAACCACAUACAAGUAAGGUGUACUUUUUCAGUUGUUAUCAUUAGCUAAUGUAGGUUAUUUUGUUACUCAGUUCAUUACGUUAGCAAAGUUAUGAGAACACAUUUUGAUAAUAUAAAAGCCGAGCUAAUGCUAGCUAACCUGUGCUUUUAGAAAAACAACAUGCGAUAUGUAAAACUAUUUUUUCCCCCCAUCUCAGUGUGAGAACUAUGCAAGAUAAUAAAAGAGGGAAACUAUUUUGUCAGCAGAGAAGUGUAUUUUUUCUAUUGUGCCAAUUAACGGGUAUUGUAUACAGUAACUGACUGUAAAAAUGCACUUUAACUUUUGUACUUAAGUACUUUUCAGAGAAUUUUUGCUUUUACUUAUGUACAGGAGUUGAAUCAGUUCUUUUAUAAGAGUUUUUUUUUUACACACAAGCAUCUGCACUGUCUGAGUGUGUUCACCACACACCAUAAGAGCAGCAAGGAAACACUUUUUCACACGAUUUUCCGCGACAUCCCUGGGGUCUAUCAUUAAAAAUCAGUUAUCAUGUUAAAAAUAUGUAUGUAUGUACUGCUCUUUAGAUAAACCGGUGUGUUGAUGCUAGUCAGUGCUUGAGUAGCCUCCAUUUUCAACAUGCAUGUGGCUGCUGUGCUUUUUACGUGUUCCAACAUGAUGGUCUCAUAUGAAUACUCGUUUGUUAUGUAAAUUAGAUAUGGAUAAACUCUUGUAAAUCUCAUGAGCAGGCCCAAGAAUGCUGACUCCUCGGCAAUGCCCGGAGCGUCGGCGCACCACAGAUUUCAUGGCUAUCGUCUGGUUCCGGAUGAGACGCAGAUGUCGGAUCCCGUUCCCACAUUACGAUGAGGAAAAUGCGAUGAUGGGAGGGGACUGCUCCAUGCGCCAAUAAAGCCCCCUCAGCGGAGCAGACGUGCACAGUGGGCUCGCUUGGUAAACUUGCUGUCAUAUCAAGUGAUCAAGUCAUCUGAUUAUGUGAGCAACAACCGGCCGUAGUGAUGUGGUGGUGAUGCUGUUGGAGUCCAGCUUCGCGAUGCGCCUUUGACGCACGAUGGAGGCGCUUUUACGCGCGGACGACACCGGCCCGCACAACUCGUCGUGGGCCAGGUGGCGCGCGUGGGAGAACGGGAGUCAGUCCCCCAACGCCACCGCCGCCACGAACCCUUUAAAACGCAACGACGAGGUGGCUAAAGCGGAGGUGGCCGUGCUGCUGCUGGUUCUGCUUCUCGCCUUCACCGGCAACCUGCGCGUGCUGUGGGCCGUCCGCGCCGCCAAGCCGCGCCAGUCUCGGAUGCUCUACUUCAUGAGGCACUUGAGCAUCGCCGACCUGGUGGUGGCCGUCUUCCAGGUUCUCCCGCAGCUCAUCUGGGACAUCACCUUCCGCUUCUACGGGCCUGACGUGCUGUGCAGGCUGGUGAAGUACGCGCAGGUGGUGGGCAUGUUCGCGUCCACCUACAUGCUGGUGCUGAUGUCCGUCGACAGGUGCUUGGCCGUGUGCCGGCCACUGCGACCCGUGCGAAGGAGAAGGGACCGCGCGUGCGUGGGCACGUCGUGGCUGCUCAGUCUGAUUUUCAGCGCGCCGCAAGCGUACAUCUUCUCCCUGCGGGAGGUCGGGGAAGGCGUGUACGACUGCUGGGGGGAUUUUGGGCAGCCGUGGGGCGCCAAGGCCUACGUGACAUGGAUGAGCCUCAGCGUCUACAUCCUCCCCGUGGGCGCCCUCAGCGUGUGCUACGGCCUCAUCUGUGUCAAAAUCUGGCAGAACUUCAACCUGAAAACCAGGCCGGAGCGCUUCUUGGCUCUGGCACCCAAAGGCGCGCGUCACCUGUGUCGGGUGAGCAGCGUCGGGCUCAUCUCCAAAGCCAAAAUCCGCACUGUGAAAAUGACUUUCGUGGUGGUGCUGGCCUACAUCGUGUGCUGGACCCCCUUUUUCUCCGUCCAGAUGUGGUCUGCGUGGGAUGAUGCCGCGCCACGAGAAGACACGGCCUUCAUCAUCGCCAUGUUGCUAGCUAGUCUGAACAGCUGCUGUAACCCGUGGAUCUACAUGUUCUUCGCCGGUCACAUGUUCCAGGGCGUAGCGCGCAGCUUCUUCUGCUGUAGACGCUACACCACGGCGUCCAUGUGCAGCCGCCGACAUAACAACGCCGUCAAGAAGGACAGGAGCCUCUCGCACACGUCCAGCACGGGGGGGCCGGGGCAAUCGGACCCCAGCCGGAAAUCCAGUUGAUUACUACUUCAGCAGCGUCAGUGGAAACAUCCUUUCCAGACAGUAGCAUCCACGUGAUAACAAAAACCUGUUUUCACUUUUGCAUAGCCGCUUUUUGGAAAAAGACCAAUUGAGCCACUGAGAUUGGGCUAACUCAAUUUGUGUGAUUUUGCAGACGAGUGAUUAAUGUUUUAUGGCUCCGAUAAAAUCUUGGGAAUUUAAAAGGCAAUGAUUACUUCUUUUAGAUACGUUUUUAGAGAAUCUGUGGUUUUCCUCAGAUUUUUACCAUUUUGCCAAAUACAAUGAUGUCGAUGAUACUUUCAUUGACAACUGAGGUACUGUCAUCUUCACUUUCAUAAGUUGGAUCCCAGUCAGUAAAAGAAUCAAACUGGGAUUUAAAAAAAAAAAAAAGAAAGGGAUAGUGGAAUAGUGGUCUAAGUCCAAACAUCCAUCAAAUCUAUUAAUAUUUCACGAGAAAUAACAAAUAACAUUUACAUACACUAAAAUGCAGAUGCACUGGCACUACUUAAUUUCUGAGUCUCCGACCAAUCGCUGAUCGUCACUUUCUAAGAUGUUAGCCCGGUGUUGUGCUGAAGAAUGCAAUUGUAGAUUGCCCACUUGUAUAUCAAAAAAUGAUCUAAAGAUUGAUUUAGAUUGCCACUCGCCUGCCCAUUCUUCCAAGAGCAUAUUUGUGAGGUCAUACACCGACGUUGGACGAGAAGGCCUGCGUCACUGUCCAUUCGAAAUCAACCCAAAAGUGUUCUCUCGGCUUGACGGCAGGACUCGGUGCAGGACAGUCAAGUUCAUCCAAACCAAAUUCUCUCAUCCAUAUAGUUACGUUAUGGACCUUGCUUUGUGCGCUUGGUGCACAGAAAUGGUGGAACAGGAAAGAGUAAUUCCCAAACUGUUUGACUGCCCAAAAUCUAUUUGUAUGAUAAUGCAUUCAGAGUUCCUUUCACUGGAGCUCAGGGGCUAAUGUUAUGGACAUUUCCAACUUUGUGGGAACACUUUGGAGAUGGCCCCUUCAUGUUCCAGCAGUCACUUGUCACUUAAUAUCAUUUCUGAGUCAAGGCAGAUGAGUAAAUACUUUUGGCAAUAUCGCGUAUAUGCCUUAGCUCAUUUCUACACUUGUUUAAAAAAAUGACAAAAAUGGAGCUAGCCCACUCUAGUUCUCAGUGGCUCGAUUUUAGAAGACUUGCACUAUUCUAGCGCACUAUGCCCGUUUCCACAGAAACUUGGGGUGCCUCACAGAGCAGAGAAAGGAAUGAGGAAGGAGAGGCGACAGGACCAAAACACAUUCAUUUGAAAACAAACUGACCACUCUGUAUGAAAUAUAAAAUAAAUAGUGGGCUUGUUUUCACUGCAGCCCCAUCAACAUAAUUUGUCAAUUAUGUAAAAUCUCCUUGCGUCUACAUUUGGAAGUAAUGUAGAGUGAAGCUUGGAUUCUCUGUGCUUUUGUUUUGUCCUGAUGUGAUAAUUAUCCACAGUGUCCUCAUGUCAUUCAAAACACGAAUAAACCUUUCAGUUAGUAGUGUACAAGCAGCGUUUAACCAGGCGAAUAACACUAUGGCAAUCCCGGAUGACUUUCUUAACUAGUCUAUACUGGUGGACCAGCCAGGGCACCUCUCAUUUCACAUUAACAAUAGAUUUUGAACACAAAGCCCCUGGUGUGUUACAUUUGUGUUUAGUUGCACUGCUCUUUGUGUUUUUCAACAGUAUUUCUGUCACUGUUCGUUUUCGUUCAAGUGUAUUUGCUGUCAUGUUGCAGUUGAAUUGAACAGUUUCAAAUGUGCUCUGAUUCGAGCCUGAAUAAGGCUGUCCCCUUGUGGUCACAUAUCGUUCACUUAGCAGGAAGGCGGAACUGUUUUUGUGCUGUGGAAUGUCUCUUGAGUUCAAUAUGAUGGAAUAAAAAGUGCGAAAACACAA